AACUAUUUACAACAAAGGCUUGUCUUAAUAAUCGCUCGUGUCAUUUGUUAUAACAACCAGAGAAAAGAAAACAAGAUGAUUGAUGACUUUACACGAACAUAAUGUUUUGAGACGUCCAGUUACACCGAACAUAUAUAUGCACUUGUUAUGGUGAUGUGUAAUAUAAACUUACGUCCUUAUUGCCGUUGCGGAAUAAGAAACAAUUAAUGUUCACAAGGUAAACAUGAAACAAUGGCGACCGAGGUGUUGAUAUAUUUUCGGAUACAUUCUUGGAAGUUGAACUUGACCUAUUCCAGGAACGAUUAUGUGAUUUAUUGAACUGUUACUUCUGCAAAGUAUAUUCAUUUUGAUUGUGGUCGAUAGCUUCCAGACAUACAUCCAAGAAUAUUUACCAUCUGCCAUAAAAUGAUAGGGAACGCAUCGUUAGUGAUUUUGAAACUGUGUGUUAAACUGUUUGGCAUUAUUAUGUUAUUGUCAGUUGUAGCAACUGUUGCAAAAAUUGAACAAGGGUCUACUGCUUCUUUAUCGAAGACGACAGAUGGAAGCUCUAAGACAACAAUAUCUUCUUCAACAUCAGCAACCAAACCAUCAGCUAAUUCUUCAACUACUACUAGCAAACCGGAAGAAAUUAUCCGAAACAUUCCUACAUUUGAUUUUUCGUUGCUUGCGGUUAAGCCCAAACCAGAAGUUGCCACAUCUUGCAAGAAAAAUGAUAUUUGUAAUCAAAUGAAUGGGUUUUGCAUUAAAGGAACAUGUAAAACCAAAGAGUGUUCCUCGGAAAUUUACUGUGUGUGUGACCCCGGGUUUACCGGACAUAUUUGUGACAAGAAUUUAACAGAAAUUGAACUGAAAAAUGGGAAAGUAAAUGGUAACGGAAAUGGUAAACAUGAAACAUCCUCAACAGCAAGUCCUGCAAAUAAGGACACAGUGAAUGAAAAUUCGACACAUACUAAAAACAGCACAGAAAAUAUAAAAGAAAAAGCAAAACAUGCUGGCUCAAACAAGACUGUAGGAACUGUAUCAAAAAACACCCCAACUACAAAUAAAGCGCUUGUAAACGGGCAGUUGAAGAAUGUUUCGGGCACAGAUAAAGAAGCGAUUAAACUUCCGUCAACAACCACAUCGAAAGAACAUAUUGCGAAUGAUAGUUCUGUCAAUAAAGAAAUUGGUAAUAAUAAACCAAUGCCAACAUCAAAACAAAAAAAAUCGUCUUCUGCAAAAUCAAAAGACCCUGUGCCAAUUACAACAACAAGCAAACCUAAGGAUAAAGUGCUUGCAAAUGGGGAUAUCAAUCCAAAUUUUCUUAAUACCAAAUAUGAUACAUCAGACAAUAGUAACACACAGAAUAAUGCUAAUGAUAACAUCAAAAACCAAGGGAAAAAGUUUAAUGGAAAGGCAAACUACGUUGGCGAUGGAAUUAAAAGUUCUGUUCAUAAAGACAAGGGGAAUAAGCAGCCGACAAGUAGCAUUGGAAAUAUUGAAACGAUUUCUAAGAUGCCAUCUGAUGGAAGUUACAUAAAAGGACCGGAGUCUCAUGUACCUACGGAACAUAGUGCAGUUGAUUUUAGCGCGAAGCGAAGUGAAAUAUACAAUGGAAAACCAUCUGUUGUAAAAGAGCAAACUGAUGUUGUAACCAUAUCGUCGACAUCAAUUGAACAGAAACAACUGGGAAGAGCACCCGAAAUGCUUACAUCUGGUGCACGUGACUCUUUAAAAACAAAUAAAAUAAAAAUGUCUGGAAUAAAAAUUGAACACAUGGAUAGCAAAGAGAAGAAAGUAAACCCCAAAAUCUACGACAGAAAAGCUAGUUUGAAAAGUUCUUCUAAAAAGACAACAAAAAGUAAAGCAUUAUUGAAUGAAACUGUUAAAAACAGAUCUCCUUUAUCGAUCGUUUCUUCUGUUGAUAUAGUAGACAGAAACUCAAAUACAGUUACGGAAGAUACUGGAUCCAUCAGUUUACUUAAGAACACUGUGGCUGAAGUGGAAGUAAGUCCUCUUUUAGACAAUUCCGAAAUCAAAAUCACCAUUGAAACAUCUAAUUCAGACUUUGCUCGUCGAAAUAAAACCGCUAUAAAAGACAAUGUUUUAAAAAUGUCGACCACUUCCUCUGGUUCCAAGGGUCAAGAGACGAACACAGAAAAGAAUGUUGCAAAUAAAAAUGCAAAUACAGCUUUUGCUACAAAGGACAUUCAAAAACAAACGCAUCUUGAAAAUAAAGUAGUCUUUUCAAAAACAGUUGAAACUGCAGUUAAUGGAGAAAAGUCAGCGACUAAUUUAGGAAGGAACACCAACCCAAACAAACCUUCUAAGAGAGUUGGUGCUAGUCAAAAUUCAGAAACACGGAAGAGUACACAGUCCGAGAUACUUAGUCCAAUUAUGCAACUUAUGAACAUAUUCCGCUCUGAAAAAUUCGUUAAAAAUGUGUCGGCAGUAAAAAUAGAAAUCAUAACAAAACAAAAUAAGACGGAUGAUCAACUUUCUCCGCAGAUCAAGCAUACUGAGCAAAUAAAUACUUCUGUUGGUGGAAAGAAACCAUCACAACCAUAAAAGACAUCUACUUGUUAACAAGCCUCGUAUAUUGUUUAUUACUUGUAUAUUGUUCAAUAACUUGUUUAUUGUUUACAGACUUUUAUAUCUUUUAGAAGACUUAUUGUUGAUCAGUUUUGUUGAUUUUGAGCUUACUAUUGAGAUACUGUGUUUUAUUAUUUUAUCCGUGUGAUAAAAUCCAUAUCUGUCAUUUCACCUAAAUCAGCUGUUUAUUUUUUCCAUAAUAUGUAAUAAUAAGGAAUAUUCACCAUUAAAAUGGCUGCCUUUUUGGCAAGGGGUGUAAAUAUUGUAGAAAUCGGGAACUGUCUUAGUUCUGCCGAAUUAUUUUUUGCUACGUUUCAAUUUUGUAAUGAUUCCGUAAAUUUAUAAACUUACAUCAACGCUAAUUGUUGCGCUUUGUUCUAAAUGGCAUAUUUCUCGCUUAUGAUAUAAUUAUUUCUCUUACAAUUGUUAAAAGUUACUCUGCAAUAUUGUUGAUUACACAUUUGAAUCAGUUUUGUUUUUGCAGCCCGUCUACGUAUCGACAUUAUAUAAAUAACACAUGGGUUUGUGGGUAACAGUAAAAAUAUCAUCCCGAGGAAAAUGCUGUUACCCGAGGCUACAGAUGUUUCUAAAUUCAAAUUACACCUUUUUAUGUUUAAAUGUUGAAUUCGGCUUAAGCCGGAGCUAGGGGGCUCGGAAGGUAACUUGCAUGAAUUGUCCAGUACCGUUCAUGAACAGACUGAAUCAAACCGAGCCUGCAAUAUUUUCAAUGUUGUCAUUUUGGGCGUUCUUUAGGUAUUCUGUUUCUCUCUACUGUAUAUUGUUGUCGAGACUUGUAUAUUGUUGGCAAGGAUUGCAUACUGUAUAUUGUUUACUUGGCUGUUUUAUUGUUUAGAACACCAGUAUAUGCUUUUGUUAGCAGUGUUCACAUAGAUUAUUCUUGACGGAGGAAGUACAAAGGAAGCAUGAGGGCGUUUUUUUAAUCAUUCGUUUAAUUUUGCGUUGCUACUGUCAUGUUUGUACCUUUUCAAGCUAAAAGAUGACGUUUCAGUGUGUUUAUAUGUUUACUUUACAACUUAUUAUAUUUAAGAAAUAAUAUAUCUCAAACUGUGAUUUUAUUGCUCAAUAACAUCACUGUUUGGAGUUCGGAUGCGGGGAAUUAUAUCACGAGGGCGUAGCUCGAGUGAUAUAAUGAUGCGCAUCCGAACGACAAACAGUGAUGUUAUCAAGCAAUAAAAUCACCGAUUUGGAUAUAUUAUUUCGAUUCUAACACGACAUCAACAAAUAAAUGCUGCCCAUACAUGAUAAUUAGCUAAAUUGCACCUGAUUUGUGUCCGUAGCCUACUUAUUGUCAGCGCGUCACAUUUUUAGUGGUUACGUCACGUGUAUAAUGAUUACGUCACAUGUCUAAAUAUAGAACGUCAAACAGUGAUUUUAUAGCAUAACACACACUUUCGGUUCUUCUAUGUUCAAUAGUGAAAAAUGCGGGUCGUGUUAGAAUAAGAAAUAACAAAUGUGUAUUGUUUUAAAGUGUCUCAAGUAUAAGGCAUAUGUACAGUAUGCCUUUAUGUGUCAUUAUGCUUUAUUUUAUAAUCAUUUAGCUAGAAUAUGUGGUCAUUGGUCACAUAAAGUACAUUUGCUUGUAAUUGUUUAAACAUUUCUUUGCUACAUUUGAUAGUUUAAAUACAUAAUUUGACAAAGAGGCGUUUUUUAUUAUUCAGUUAUUGUGAAAAUUACGUU